CAUGUGACUUUGUCGUAAACAGGAAGCAGCUGAUCCUGACUUCACUGGCUGUUUCCACAAAGUAAUGUGUGUGUCUCUGUUUUCCUAAAAAACUAACCAGGGGACACAUUUUGACUGUUAAAAUACAAGAGACUCGAAAAAGGAAAGAGAGAGCGCGUCAUCUGACCUGCAGCUCACACCAACACAGUGUCUGCUGCUGCUGCUGCUGCGGCUGCUGCUGCUGUUGAGGGGGAUGUCAAGCUCAGCUAUGAAGAAAAAGGUACUACUGAUGGGAAAGAGCGGGUCUGGAAAGACCAGUAUGAGAUCAAUCAUCUUUGCCAAUUACAUAGCCAGAGACACACGUCGCCUUGGAGCUACAAUUGAUGUGGAGCACUCCCACGUGCGCUUUCUUGGCAAUCUGGUUCUAAACUUGUGGGACUGUGGAGGCCAAGACACCUUCAUGGAGAACUACUUCACCAGCCAGAGGGACAACAUUUUCAGAAAUGUCGAGGUUCUUAUUUACGUAUUUGAUGUGGAGAGCCGUGAGCUGGAGAAAGACAUGCACUACUACCAGUCAUGUCUGGAGGCCAUCCUGCAGAACUCUCCUGACGCUAAAGUCUUCUGCCUUGUGCACAAAAUGGACCUGGUCCAGGAAGACCAGAGAGAUCUGAUCUUUAAGGAGCGUGAAGAAGAUUUAAAGAGACUGUCCAGACCUUUGGCUUGCACGUGCUUCAGAACAUCAAUCUGGGAUGAAACUCUGUAUAAGGCCUGGUCCAGCAUAGUGUACCAGCUCAUCCCAAAUGUCCAGCAGCUGGAGACAAACCUGAGGAACUUUGCACAGAUAAUUGAGGCAGAUGAAGUUCUUCUGUUUGAGAGAGCCACCUUUCUGGUGAUCUCUCACUAUCAGUGCAAAGAGCAGCGUGAUGCUCACAGAUUUGAGAAGAUCAGUAACAUUAUCAAACAGUUCAAACUCAGCUGUAGCAAACUCGCAGCCUCUUUCCAAAGCAUGGAAGUGAGGAACUCCAACUUUGCCGCCUUCAUUGACGUCUUCACCUCCAACACAUAUGUCAUGGUCAUCAUGUCAGACCCAUCGAUUCCAUCUGCAGCUACGCUCAUCAACAUCCGUAAUGCGAGGAAACACUUUGAGAAGUUGGAGCGGGUGGAUGGACCCAAACACAGUUUGCACAUGAGAAUGCGCUAGUCUGCACUCUAUCCCACUGGAUACUCUCAGCCAAUCAGUCCGUAGACUGCUCCACAUGAGCAGCCUUGUACCGUUUCUCUCUGUAUCUUUACAUUCAAUCACAGUUAUGACUGGAGAAAUCAUAUUUUCUUCUGUUCUAAUUUCUACAGUAUCUUGUUGAACAGUGACGCUCUGUUGAAAUAUUUGUGUUAACUCGGCAGAUUAAAGAAAAAUUGAAUAGA